UGGAGAGCGGGUGAUAGCAUGCGGGUGGUGAGUGCGUGUUAGGGCAAGAGUCACUGUCACUGACCACAGGGAUCAGGGUGAGACUACAACCAUGGCCCACAGCACGGCCAAGCAGCUGUGGCGGGCGGCCCAGAGCGGGCUGGACGAGGUGCUGCAGGGAGAGGCGGCCACACAGGAGACAGAGGAUGCGGCGGAGCUGCUCCGGAUGCGGGAUGCGCUGUUCCUGAAGUACGUGCGCAUCGUGCAGGCACUGCAGGAGGCCCAGGACCAGUUGGUGCAGCCACAGAAGCGGCGGCUGGUGGAGAGGCUGCUGCCAGCGCUGAUGGGCAGGGUGCUGGAGCUGCGGCGAAUGCAGGUUGAGAACGGCAUGAGUGAGUUCCGAUUCAUGGACCACGUCAUGCAGGACCUCAAGCUCACACCCAGCAACGUUGAGAUUCCGAUUCCCAAGUACUUUACCCGGGAAGCGGAGAGGGUCCAUGAGGAACGGAAGGUUUAUUUGGGGAAACUGCUUCAGGAAGACGAAUUAUUGAAGGCAGAGGAGCCGCUACCAACAGCGGAGGAGGCGGUGCGCAUCGUCCAGGUGGCGGAGCGGGGCCGCCAGGGCCGACUGAGGGCCAGCAUCAUGCGCAACAUCUGGCGGGAGGAGCAGCGAGAGAGGCGGCGGAAACAACUGCCCCCUGUCACCAUGGAGCCCGACACAGCUGCCACCCUCAUCCAGAAGAUGUGGCGAGGUCACCACCAGAGGAAGGAGACGCUCCAGGAACGAGCAGAAGAGUUCAAGUUCAUCGAAAUGGUUCCGGCUGUGGACAUGGACAAGCCUGCCGCUGCAGUGCUGCUCGCAGAGGAAGCGCAGGAACGCAUGCAUGCGUUGCAGGAACAGCGAUGGGCCGAAUACUUGCAGGACCAGCCGCGCAUCAGGCAGCUGGUGAUACAGACGGAGGGGCCCGACUUGAAGGAGAACUUGAAGGAGGAGAUCCACAAGUGGUUCAUUGAGUGCUAUAACGCUACGGGGAAGUUCCCCGACUACCCCAGCGUGGAGCAGGGCGGAUCGGACAUACUCUUCAUCAAGAAGACUCCGGAACAGCUGGUGCAGGAGAUUGCAGCCGAGGCAGAGGAGAAGGAGCGACUGGCAGCCAAAAAGGCGGCAAAGAAGUUGGCAGCGACGCAGGAGAAAAAGGAUAAAAAGGAGAAGAAGAAGAAGAAGAAAAAGAAGGGUGGAGAGCCAAAACCGGACGGUUACUCCGAAUUCAUGGCAGACCUGACGGAGGGACAGCAAACCUACCAAAUGGUGUGGAAGCAGAAGGAUGACUCGACCAACCUGAUGCAGCGACAUGAGGUGGAGUUGGAGAAAGAGGAGACACGGCUGGAGGUGGAGAAGGAGAUCCGUCUGCAGGUGGACGAGCUGAUGAGGGAGGAGCUGAAGAAUCUACGGAUGGCGAUCGAACGAGAUUUUAGUGAUCCCACCAAACACAAGACUCGGGCCAAAAAGAAAGGGAAAGAGAAAGCCACGAAGAAGAAGGACAAAGAUCUGACGGCCAACAGGACCCUCUCCUCUCUGUGCGAUGAGCUGAUGGAGCAAGGCCUGCUGAAGGCUGCACCUCACGUACGGCUGGCCAGCUUCCUGGGGGACUUCAGCUACCUGGGGUCGACGCUGCGAGAGGCCGACCUCGACCCCCAGCCCUCGCUCUACGACAUCCGACAGAUUAUCGCCAUGUAUGCCGUGCUGCCCCUGGGGUCGCAGGCCCUCCACCAGCGGGCCCCUGCCGUGCGCUCCAUGCUCCUGGCCGGGCCCCUAGGCGUGGGCAAGAAGACCCUGCUGCACAGCAUCUGCACCGAGACUAGCGCCACCCUCUUCGACCUCUCGGCUGCCAACAUCGCCGGCAAAUACCCCGGCAAAGCCGGCCUCCAGCUCAUGUUGCACAUGGUCCUCAAGGUGGCGAAGCUGCUGCAGCCGUCGGUGCUGUGGAUCGACAACGCGGAGAAAACCUUCCUCCGGAGAGUGAGCAAAGAGGACCGGCCGCUGGAGCCGCGGCGGCUGCGGCGAGAGUUGCCCCGGGUGCUGCGUCAGGUGGGGCCCGACGACCGGGUGCUGCUGCUGGGGACCAGCCGGCGGCCGUUCGACGCCGACCCGCGGCCUCUGUUCAAGGUUUAUGAGCGCAUCGUACCCGUGCCCCGGGCCGACUAUGCGUCCCGCCUACUGAUUUGGCGCAAGCUGAUUGAGCAACACGGCGGGCUGGUGAGCGAUGCGCUGGACCUCAGCUCGCUGGCCAAGAUCUCAGACGGAUACACUCCCGGACACCUGGCGCAGGCCGUGCGCGCCGUGCUGACCGAGCAGCGGCUGUUACAGCAGGCCGAGCGGCCGCUCGCUGCGCACAACUUCAUCCACGCCCUCAGCACCAUCGAGCCCGUCUAUGAGCAGGAGGACGCCGCCUUCAAGACGUGGAUCGCCAAGACCCCGUUAAUGCGGAAAGCACUGAAGGCUCGGCGGGAGAGGGAGGCGGCGGAGAGAGCGGCCGAGGAGGCUGCGGAGAAGGAGAGGAAGCGGAGGAGAUGACGCGGGGAUGAUGAGGGCCACUAAUAAACGGUCACUGAGUCUUGGGACUGUUUUACUCACCUUAUGUCAGUGCAUCCACUGCCCAUCUCCCAUUUACUGGUGCCCUCCUAUAAUUCCUAAUUUAGGGGUGCCCUCCUCUAUUUCCCAAUU